AACCUGUCAAGAGGGCACGCAGAUAUAUCACUCUGUCCUUUUCUCUCAGUGGAUCUCACUCACUUGAUCCUGACAUUAGCGCUAUUACAAUGUCUUCUGCUGUGACUGCUUUGCCCUCGGCGGCUCCGGCCAAAUCUCCCAAGAAGAGAGCCAAGUCUCAGAAGAAGAAGACGGGUCCCACAGUGUCAGACCUGAUACUGAGGGCCGCGUCCGCAUCCACAGAGCGCGGCGGCGUGUCCCUGGCAGCCCUGAAGAAGGCUUUGAAGGCCGGAGGAUACGACGUGGUGAAGAACAAAGCCAGAGUCCUCAUCGCCAUCAGGCGCUUGGUGGCCAACAAAUCUCUGGUCCAAACCAAGGGCACAGGGGCCUCCGGGUCCUUCAAGCUAAACAAGAAGCCUCCCACACCUCGACAGAAGAAGGUGGUGAAAAAGAAGCCAAAAGCGAAAAGGGUCAAGAGGGCCCGCGUCAGUAACGCAGCCGGAGGUGCCACUCCAGGAGCCAAGAAGUCACCUAAGAAAAAGAGGAAGGCAAAGAGUCCUAAGAAAGCCAAGAGGCCUGCUGCGGCCAAGAAGCCCAAGAAGCCAAAGAGUCCUAAGAAGGCCAAACGCAGGGUCGCCAAGUCUACCAGGACCAGGGCUGCUGCCAAGAAGUGAAAACUCUCCUCAUGAACACUAAAUGUUGACCAAACAAACCUUUCUGGUGGCUCAUGUGUGGACUAAACUUUUGCAUUCAUUCCAUGAACUUGACUUUGCUUGAGCUAUUUUACAGUUUUUCUAUAACAGAAAACACAUACUCUGCUGUUUUUACACCGUUUCCCUGCCACCAUCUGCCGUGGUCUGUUUAAAAUUGAAUUGCAAUUGUUGGAAACAAUAAAGCUGUUUUAUUUGA